UAUUUGUUACAAUCCUUUCUUUCUUAUCCCUUCCCUUCCUUUCAACUGCACAAGACGUGCUGUGUGGGAAUACCAAAUAUAGAUAUAUUCGUUUUUUCUUGGAUUGUAUAGGCUACUGGUUUUCAACUCUGUUAUUUUCAAUGGAUAAAGUUGUAGUCUAUUGAAACGUCAGUAACAUUUUGAAUGCCAAUAUUAUACAACAUAAAUGAUAAGGCUUUCUAUCAUUUCUACCGUUGCCAAAUCGUCAUUUGGAUAAAAAUGAGCACUUGAUGGAAAUUGGACUAUAAGGAAAUGAAGAAUCUUGAUAUCUUCGAUUUGAAGGAUUGACAGUGAGCGGCCCUCCUAUAUAAGAUGGUUCCCAGUGUGUGUGGUGUGUCCCUGGCUGUGGCGUUGCUGACCCUGGUGUCCCCUGGUUGUGCCUGCCCUCUGCCCUGCUCUUGCUACCAGCCCACUGAACUACACUGCACCUUCAGAUCUCUGGUCAACAUACCACAGCCCCUACCGCAGCACACACUACACAUCAACCUGGGGUUCAACAGUAUCAGCAGGAUCCCAGACAGCUCAUUGGCUGGUCUGAGGAGGCUGGCGCUGCUGAUGCUUCAUGGGAAUGACAUCCAUGAGAUUCCUGACGGAGCUUUCCAAGAUCUGUCCUCUCUUCAGGUCCUGAAGCUGAGCUAUAACAAGCUGAGGGAGAUCUCAGCAAAGAGCUUCUCAGGCCUGUCCUCUCUACAGCGCCUCCACCUGGAUCACAACUGGCUGCAGUCCCUCCACCCCCAGGCCCUGCUCCGCCUCCCCAACCUCAGACUGAUCCGGCUGCAGGGGAACCGGCUCCACCAGCUGCAUCCCCAGGCCUUCUGCACUCUGUCCCUACUGCAGACAUUCUGCUACUCCACCCUCAGGCAUCUGGACGUGUCCAACAACAGUCUGACUAACCUGCCCAGAGACAUACUGAGGACCGCCCCUCUUCUGGAGUCCCUAGCUCUGCAGGCCAACCCCUGGACCUGCGACUGCAGCAUGGCUUGGCUGCAGGCCUGGAGCAUCUCUCACCUAGGGUUGUUGAAAUGUCCGGGGCCACAGUGCCUGGUCUGUGCCUCACCCAAUCACCUGAAGGGACGUGGUCUUUUGCAGCAGAAAGACUUAUCCUGCACCUCGCCUGUAAUUGCCACCAAUUCCAGAGCCUCAUCUCAGGAGGAUGGCGAAAUUCAGUCAAUAGAAACUUUUAGGGAGGCUUUAGGUCACGCCUUCUUGGGGAUGUCCGACCAACAGGGGAAUGCCGUUGAUCUGAAGUGUAACAUCACACACUCCUCACAGACUCCUGACAUUACCCCACCACAACUUUCCUCCUCCUUCACCCCCCUCUCCCUCUCUCUUUCCCUUUCCCUGGUCUGUGGGGUGGAUGGGCACAGCUAUGAGAGGCUGUGGAGGCUGAUGGCCUACUACAGUGAGACACCUGCCAGGCUUCAGAGAGAAAUCAUGUUGAGUAAAGCCCCAACACUUGCCUACAGGUACAGACAGAGAGCAGAGAGAGAGGGCUACUACCAUACAGGGGUCAGAGCCAGUGUCCAAGCCCAGCCUGCCUGGUUACUGCAGCCCCAUGUCAGUCUCCAGUUCAACAGAGCUCAGUCCAGCACCCACAGGGUUAAACUGACCCUGUCCACCCUGGUGUCUGCCCCCCCAGACCCCCCAUCCCCACACCCCUGGGUCCUCAUCCAGACCAACCACACCCACACAGCUUUUACAGCAGCCACAGACAGCCAGGUCCACCUGCCCUGUCCUGUCCUUAGCUCUGCUGCAGACCUAAGCUCUGGAGACCCCAGGCUCCAAUGGGUGUUUCCAGAUGGUUCAACAGUCUCCUUCCCCUACCACAGCUCAGAUGGUAGGGUACGGGUGUCUGGCCAAGGGCUGAUCCUGCAGAGAGUGGAUCACUCUGAUGCUGGACUGUACUACUGCGUGGCGCGGGCGGGGGGAAAUGUUGAUGUUCUCCCCCUCCGUCUGGUGGUAGUAGAAUCAUCCAACCCUCCCCCAGGGGAGGAGCUAGGCCCUGCUGUGACUGGAUUGGUUGGAGACCCUGUCAGUCUACCGUGUGAGGCCUCUGGUUCACCGAGGGUUGAGGUGAACUGGGUUCUUCCUGACGGGGGAGUGGUAGGGAGUAGGAACAAGGGGAGAAGAACGGGGGAGGCAGGGGUGACUGUUUUAGCCAAUGGUACCCUGUCUCUCCCCUUCCCUGGGCAGAGAGACGCAGGACUAUACCGUUGUGUAGCGGUGAACCAGCACGGUGCUGACUCUCACUCCACCAGACUGAUUCUAACCCCACGUCCUUCUGACACCUCAUCACGCAUGAGAUAUCCCAUGAGGCCACAGUCUUUGGUGGGGUUGUCCAACAGGGUACCAGCCCCUCUAGGGGUCAAGGAGGUUGAAGAGGGGGUGUCAGGAAAUGACAAGGGGGGGGAGGAGAACAUACUGUCCACCAGGGCAGGUAACACCAGGAGGAGAGGUCUUAGACCUAAACCUCCCCUGACACGGCGCCCCCCCAUCAGAUCCCACAUGGUGAGGGUGGAGGGAGGCGGACCCCCUCAGAGGGGCAGGAGGCCCCUGAGGAGAGGCUUCCCUGUGGAGCAGAAGAGGAACAGGCUGGAGGGCCGCCGGAGGUUUAACCUGGCCAAACACAAGAUUGACCCUCAGAAAUGGGCCGAGCUGCUGGCUAAGAUACGUGAAAGGACUGCCCCUAAAAUCACAGACUCCCUAUAUAUAUCAACCCCAACUAGAACACGUACUACCACCUCAGCCCCCCCAACUAGAGCAAAGACAACCACCUCAACCCCAACUGAAGCAAAGGAAACCACCUCAACCCCAACUGAAGCAAAGACAUCCACCUCAACCCCAACUGAAGCAAAGACAACCACCUCAACCCCAACUGAAGCAAAGACAACCACCUCAACCCCAACUGAAGCAAAGACAACCACCUCAACCCCAACUGAAGCAAAGACAACCACCUCAACCCCAACUGAAGCAAAGACAACCACCUCAACCCCAACUGAAGCAAAGACAACCACCUCAACCCCAACUGAAGCAAAGACAACCACCUCAACCCCAACUGAAGCAAAGACAACCACCUCAACCCCAACUGAAGCAAAGACAACCAGAAUAAAGCCAGGCAGCACACAACCAAAGACCACACAACCAAACAUCACACUACCAAACACCACACUACCAAAGAGCACACCAGAGGUUACAGUGGGAAGAAAAUCCCCUCAACGUACUGUAUUGGAGUCAGAGGCUGAUACCACAGAGGGUUUUUCCAUAGAUGUCCCCAGUCUACAGGAAGAGGGGUUGAACACUGUCCACACAUCACUGAUCCCAGACUUGCUAACAAAGGAUAGAGUGGCCCCAGAGACAACAAACACUGCAGAUCAGACCAAUAACUUCCCCCAGACCCCUCAGUCAAACACAGACACAGAUACAGGGACAGGAACAGAGACAGAGAGUUCUCCUAAAAGCACAAAGCCAACCUCCAGCAUCAAUGACAUUAGCAAAGAGGUGGUCCUUAAUCCUGUAAGGACCACAGGUGAGAGGGGAAGGUAUGGAACAACAAACUCUGGACAGGUAACAUUCUCCAACUCUGUCCCGUCGCAAUCCAGAAUCCCCUGGAAUUCCAGGAGAAGGCCCGCCCAGAGGAGACGCAUCAACAGACCCAGAGGACGACCCACCGCCCCACAGAAUGCCCCAGGUCCAACCUCCCCUCGCCAGAAUACCCCAGGUCCAACCUCCCCUCGCCAGAAUACCCCAGGUCCAACCUCCCCUCACCAGAAUACCCCAGGUCCAACCUCCCCUCGCCAGAAUACCCCAGGUCCAACCUCCUCUCGCCAGAAUACCCCAGGUCCAACCUCCUCUCGCCAGAAUACCCCAGGUCCAACCUCCCCUCACCAGAAUACCCCAGGUCCAACUUCCCUUCUCCACAAUACACCCAGAGCAGCACUUGCAGACCCCAGGGAACUGCCAGCAGCUGCUACAACCACUACUAUAACUACUGCUCCAUCCUCUACUAGGAUCACUGCUCCAUCAAGCACAUCCGUCUCCCCCCCUGCCUUCUUUCCUGCCUCUCCCCCCCAGACACACACAGACAGGGUGACUCACUCAGCAAACACUGCUUCUUGGCUCCCUGACAGGUCCCAAACGACUAGCACACACACACAGAUUUGCACACACACUCACACACACAUUGGCAAACAUACACCCACAGUCACAACAACUAGUACACACACAGACCAACAUACACCCACAGUUACACACAGUGAUACAGACAAACAGAGUUAUGCUGAAACAGAGGUUCAGGUCUGGGCCACUCCAAAAGAGCAGGUUCCAUCUGUCUUCAACCAACACAACCCAGAGGAUAUCAAAACAGCUCCCCCUCAGUCUGGAACCACACCAGGCAGAACAACACCUACUGGCACUGAGAAAGAACCCAGUGAGAUAGAACCCCUCUACCCAGCUGCUGAUGAAGAUCCCAAUGAGGAAGAACCACCAGCCACUGAUGAAGAACCCAGUGAAAUAGAACCACCAGCAACUGAUGAGGAACACAGUGAGGUAGAACCACCAGCCACUGAUGAAGAACACAGAGCGGUAGAACCACCAGCCACUGAUGAAGAACACAGAGAGGUAGAACCACUAGCCACUGAUGAAGAACACAGAGAGAGAGAACCACCAGCCACUGGUGAAGAACACAGAGAGAGAGAACCACCAGCCACUGAUGAAGAACACAGAGAGAGAGAACCACCAGCCACUGAUGAAGAACACAGAGAGAGAGAACCACCAGCCACUGAUGAAGAACACAGAGAGAUGGAACCACCAGCCACUGAUGAAGAACACAGAGAGAGAGAACCACCAGCCACUGAUGAAGAACACAGAGAGAGAGAACCACCAGCCACUGAUGAAGAACACAGAGAGAGAGAACCACCAGCCACUGAUGAAGAACACAGAGAGAGAGAACCACCAGCCACUGAUGAAGAACACAGAGAGAUGGAACCACCAGCCACUGAUGAAGAACACAGAGAGAUGGAACCACCAGCCACUGAUGAAGAACACAGAGAGAGAGAACCACCAGCCACUGAUGAAGAACACAGAGAGACGGAACCACCAGCCACUGAUGAAGAACACAGAGAGAUGGAACCACCAGCCACUGAUGAAGAACACAGAGAGAGAGAACCACCAGCCACUGAUGAAGAACACAGAGAGAGAGAACCACCAGCCACUGAUGAAGAACACAGAGAGAUGGAACCACCAGCCACUGAUGAAGAACACAGAGAGAUGGAAACACCAGCCACUGAUGAAGAACACAGAGAGAUGGAACCAGUCUAUCUAGCACCUGAUAAACCAGAGGAGAGACAGCCAGAGUCAGAAAUAAACAGCUCUCUUUCAUCUACAACACAACUACUGUCCCCAAACACAACUGAUACAGUAGCUGCCACUGUUUCAGCCAUCACCUCCUCUACAGUCAUCACCUCCAUUAGAAGAACUAACACUAUAACUAUUCCUACAACUACUACCACUAUUCCUACAACUACUACCACUAUUCCUACAACUACUACCACUAUUCCUACAACUACUACCACUAUUCCUACAACUACUACCACUAUUACCACUAUUCCUACAACUACUACCACUAUUCCUACAACUACUACCACUAUUCCCACAACUACUACCACUAUUCCCACAACUACUACCACUAUUCCCACAACUACUACCACUAUUCCUACAACUACUACCACUAUUCCUACAACUACUACUACCACUCCUACUACUACAACAGUCUGGAGGAAUCCUGGGCUAAACUCCAUCCCAGACUCACAUGGCAGUCGCUACCACCCCCCACCUUACCCCAACUACCCACAACACCUUAUCACUAGGCCUGACCCAGUCAGAACUCCACCCCCAAUAAAACACGCACCCUCUCUCCCACACCAUGUCAACCCCAAACUUCUUCUCCCAGACAUUUUAGAGACCCCUUCCUCUGUAGUCCCCACCACAAGAGCUCCGUCCAGCCCCCCCAACACCUCCCCACCCACCACAGACCCUCAGGCCGAGGUCAACACUUGCUCUACUCCUCGUUCCCCUCCCCUCUCUCCACACCGUAGUGUGACUGCCCAACGCCUCCCUCAGAGCCCUGUCCUGCGUGUCAGGCCCCUUAUCACUCCCCCCCACGUGCGCUCCAUGUCUGUCCCAGCUGAGAGUGACGCCCUCCUGCCAUGCGAGGCCAUUGGACAGCCUCCUCCGACAAUCACCUGGAUCAAGGUCUCCACAGGAGCUGUGAUAUCACUGGACACCAAGGCAGAGCGUUUCCAGGUCCUACCCAAUGGAACCUUUCUCAUCCGGAGUGUGCAGGUCCAGGACCGGGGGACAUAUAUCUGCAGCGCACAGAACUCUGUGGGUCUUGACCGCGCGAUGGUGACUCUGGAGGUCUGGUCCCGCCCACCACGCAUUCAGCUACCCACUCACAGAGAGGCCACGGUGCACCAGGGGGGCGAGGUGAGGUGGGAGUGUCAGGCUCAGGGGGUGCCUGCCCCUCUGCUGUCCUGGGUGCUACCUGACCGCUCCAUCCUGACCCCCGACCUUAACUCCAACCCUGCCCAUGGCCCUCACCCCCGGGUGUCUAUAUUCCCUAAUGGUACUCUGCGUAUUGUGGCUGUCGGCCCAGCAGACAGAGGUCUGUAUCGCUGUGUAGCCUCCAACCCAGCAGGGGCAAGCAGUCUGUCAGUCCGACUCCAUGUCUCCUUCCUGCCUCCAGCCAUCCAGCAGCUGAGAGAGGAGAGGGUAACCCAGCCCGCUGGCAUGCCUGUCUACGCCCACUGCUCUGCCCGGGGGGCCCCCGCUCCCUCCAUCCGCUGGAGGACCCCAGAUGGUACGCUGCUGCUCCCCUCUCAAUUCCUCAACGGGAACCUGUUUGUCCUCCCCAACGCCACCUUGCUGAUACGCAAGCUUUCCACUAAGGACUCUGGGAGCUACGAGUGUCUGGCGACUAAUGCAGUGGGCGGGGAUAAGAGGACAGUGAGGGUUUUGGUGACUGGAGAUGAAGGAGGAGGUGUUGUCUCCACAGAUAAAACUACAUCCUCCUCUUCCAUUAACAGUAACUCUGACCUGAACCCCUCUUCAGCCAUCCUUAACCCUCCUCUCCGGCCCUCCUCGCCCCUCAGUAAGGCUAAGAUCCUCUCCACCUCUCCAUCCAAUUCUAUAGUUGCAUAUGGUGAAACUCUGCUCCUUCAAUGUUCAGCAACCGGCAACCCAGAGCCUAGAGUGGUCUGGAGGGUACCUGGCAAGAAACUAGUGGAUGCCCACUACAGUUUUGACAAGAGGAUGAAGGUACACUAUAAUGGAACGCUGUAUAUCCAGUCCGUGACGGAGAAAGACGGGGGGGACUAUUUAUGUGUCGCACGAAAUAAAAUGGCUGAUGACUACCGCCUCCUCCGUGUCACCGUGGUCACAAAGCCCGCUAAACCCGCUAAGAUUGAGCCAAAGCAGCCGUCCAAUCAGAAGGUGGUAUCGUAUGGAGCAGCUUUACAGGUAGACUGUCUGGCGACCGGGCAGCCCGACCCCGCAGUGAGUUGGAGCCUACCGGACGGAACCUCAGUGAACAGCGUACUGUUGCAAGGGGAGGUGAAAGGGGGACGGAGGAGGCGGCUGGUGGUGUUUGACAACGGGACUCUGUUCCUCCCCUCAGUGAGGAUGGGGGAGGAGGGGGAGUACGUCUGCCACGCUGAGAACCAGAUGGGGAGAGACUCCAUGAGGGUGAUGAUCAAAGUCCUUACCUCACCCCCUUCCUUCCCCAGAACGAGAUAUCAGGUCAUCAAGGUGCAACAAGGGGGCGUGGUGGCUCUGAACUGUGGGGCCAAAGGAGAGCCCAUCCCUACAAUCACAUGGUUCUCUCCAAUCAAUCGUGUCAUCCCCGUGGGGGGGUCCGGUCCAGUUGUAGUGCGUCCAGAUGGCUCCUUGGUGAUCCAGGGGGCUAGAGUGGCUGACGGAGGAAACUACACCUGCCGAGCCAGCAACGUGGCUGGGGAGAGGAGCAGGGUGAUGGGGGUGGAGGUGAGCAUGACCCCACCCAGCUUCACUCUCAAUGGGGCUAGGGGUGGACUCGAUGGGACAGACAGACAUACAGCUGUUGGUAGCGGUAGUGGACUAAGUGCUGUGAUCACCAUCAGUCAGUCUGCAGGGAGGGUUCAGUCGGGCAGUACUGGUAAUGGUGUCAGUAGUGGUAAUGGUGUCAUUAAUAAUGAAGUUAGUCAUAAUGGGGUCAGUAAUGUAGGGGACCAGAAGGUCUCAGCACUAAGAGGCCAGACAGUUCUUUUGCCCUGUCCAUCCCAGGGCUUCCCUCCACCCCGCUUGGCCUGGUUGCUGCCUAGUAACGGGGUUCUCCCGGCGCCUUACUACGGCAGCAGACUCACUGUGCACCGCAACGGAACCCUGGAGCUGAGGGGGGUGAGGGCAAGCGAUGCUGGCCUGCUGGUGUGUGUUGCUCGCGGUGAGAGGGGCGAGGCUCAGAUAAUGGUACAUCUGGAGGUUUUAGACACACAGGACCCACCUCGCUCCAGAGGCCCAGUGACCACAGGGAAACCUCGCCCAGUAGGCCCAGUCAGCACAGAGACAUCUCGUCCAGUAGGCCUAGUCAGCACAGAGAAACAUCAUCCAGUAGGCCCAGUCAGCAUAGAGAAACCUCGCCCAGUAGGCCCAGUCAGCACAGAGAAACCUCACCCAGUAGGCCCAGUCAGCACAGAGAAACCUCACCCAGUGGGCCCAGUUAGCGCAGAGAAACCUCGCUCAGGAUUCGCAGUUACAGAGGAGACACCUCACCCCAGAGGCCCAGUCACUACUGAGAAACCUCACUUAGGAGGCCAAGUCAGCACAGAGACACCUCACCCAGUAGGCGGGGAUAAGAGGACAGUACCAGGAGUCCCAUUCCGAGGGAACACACCUCGCCCAAGAGGCCCAGUGGCAGAGGCAGCGAGGAGUGGCAUCCUGGAGAGGAAGCCUGUGGUCAUCAGCAGAUCAGCUUCUCUGGUCAGCAUCAUAAGUGGAGAGAAUCUGCGGCUACCCUGUCCUCAGAGAGACAGCCCCAGUCAGAGUUCCAGCCAGACCCAGUCUCUAACCUGGACGUUGCCCAGCGGGGUGAUCGUUUCUCGGGGCCAGACGGCAGGGAUGGGUCAGUACUCAAUCCUGGAUGACGGGACUCUGACGGUGCAGCAGGCGUCUGUGUUCGACAGGGGGACCUACUCCUGCCGAACCACCAAUCAGGACACGUUGUCUAUCCUGACAGUUCCAGUGAUUGUUAUCGCCUACCCCCCUCGCAUCACCAACGGCCCCCCUCCCCUCACCUACACCCGGCCCGGAGUUGCUGUGCAGCUCACCUGCAACGUCAUAGCAACCCCCCGAGCGACCAUCACCUGGGAGAUGCCGGACCAAUCCCAGCUAAGGGUCACAGGUCAGGCCCGUCUCUAUGGCAACCGGUACCUGAGCCCCCAGGGUUCCCUAGUGAUCCAGAACCCGACCAGCAGAGACACUGGGUUCUACCGCUGUACUGCACGGAACGUCAUUGGAACCGACACCAAGGCCACUUAUCUACAUGUGAUCUAACAGAACACACACACAGUGAGACCUGGUCCUCCUUAUCCUCGUGUCUGGAGGAGGCACACACACACACACACACACACACACACAAAUACACACACACAUACUUUUUGCCCUAAGAAACUGCAAAGUUGAGUGCAGAAAAUACUGUUCAACCAAAGACUGAUAAAAGAUAGUAAAUAGAGAGUAUAAAACCAAAUGCAUUUUACAGCAAGAGUGUGUUAUGCAUCUUUCUUUUUUUAAAUUGUACCUUUAUUUAACUAGGCAAGCCAGUUAAGAACAAAUUCUUAUUUACAAUGACGGUCAAACCCAGAUGAUGUUGGGCCAAUUGUGCGCCGCCCUAUGGGACUCCUAAUCACGUCCGGUUAUGAUUCAGCCAGAGUGUGUUAUGCAUCUUACGGCCAUAAUGUGUUACACAUCUUAUAGCCAUAAUGUGUUACACAUCUUACAGCCAUAAUGUGUUAUACAUCUCACAGCCAUAAUGUGUUACACAUCUUACAGCCAUAAUGUGUUAUACAUCUCACAGCCAUAAUGUGUUAUACAUCUCACAGCCAUAAUGUGUUACACAUCUUACAGCCAUAAUGUGUUACACAUCUUACAGCCAUAAUGUGUUAUACAUCUUACAGCCAUAAUGUGUUACACAUCUUACAGCCAUAAUGUGUUAUGCAUCUUAUAGCCAUAAUGUGUUACACAUCUUACAGCCAUAAUGUGUUAUACAUCUCACAGCCAUAAUGUGUUACACAUCUUACAGCCAUAGUGUGUUAUGCAUCUUACAGCCAUAAUGUGUUACACAUCUUACAGCCAUAAUGUGUUACACAUCUUACAGCCAUAAUGUGUUACACAUCUUACAGCCAUAAUGUGUUACACAUCUUACAGCCAUAAUGUGUUAUGCAUCUUAUAGCCAUAAUGUGUUACACAUCUUACAGCCAUAAUGUGUUAUGCAUCUUACAGACAUAAUGUGAUAUAGAUCACACAGCCAUAAUGUGUGAGUUAUAAAAGCAAUGAGCAGCUCUGAGAAGCAACUGCAUUAUUCAACAACAAGAAAUAGUGUCAACAUCACAGACUAUAUCAGGGAGUAAAAACAUCAGCAACAUCAGCAUCAGCAACAUGUAACAUAUUCAGCUCUGUAUUACAACCUUUCUGAACUUUUACCUCCAUAAUAUCUAAAGUGGCCUUUUGAGUCCUGUGUAUAGUUGUGUAUUUAUGAGCAGAACAAACAUUUGAUAGUGGUCACAGAACUCCUCCAAUGAUAGUUCUGUGGAGCCACAGGAGGCUGCAGAGCUCUGUGUCUGCAGCGCUCUGUGUCUGCAGCUCUCUGUGUCUGCAGCUCUGUGUCUGCAGAGCUCUGUGUCUGCAGCGCUCUGUGUCUGCAGCGCUCUGUGUCUGCAGCGCUCUGUGUCUGCAGCUCUGUGUCUGCAGCGCUCUGUGUCUGCAGCGCUCUGUGUCUGCAGCUCUGUGUCUGCAGCGCUCUGUGUCUGCAGCGCUCUGUGUCUGCAGCGCUCUGUGUCUGCAGCGCUCCAACCCUGCAGACUUAACCACUCUUCCAGCCAUUAGGCUGUAGGCUACAUACAUCCCAGAUCUGUCAAAUAAAAACAACAGUUACCAAGUCUUUCAAGAUGGUAUUUUUGUAUACAGUAGCAUAGAUGUGUGUGUGGCUCCAGUGUCAGAUCACGCAUGUGUAAUAUCCAUAUAAAAGCUGAUAUCAUCAUGUUUUAAUUUUGUUUAAAUUAUUUGUCUUGUUAAGACUGUAAUAUAAAGUUGUUAUUUUGUGCCUAUUGUCAUAAAGAGAGAGAUUUCUCUCGAAUCUCUCACUAACCUUCUGUCAAUUAUGCUUUUUUUCCCCCAACUGUUACAUUUUAUAAAUAAAAGAUAAAAGGAAUUCA